CUUGGCAGACGACGCGCGGCUGUGCGGUGCGUGAACGAGCUGCACCGGCGGCGGCCUUCGAAAGAGUUUUUUUUCGCCACGAAGGGCGUCGAGAGAAGAGCCGUCGUAGUGAUUGUGGCGUGUUUUUAUCGAGCUGUGACACUGUUUUAUUCCUCUCCUUUAAUGAAGUCGAGCGGCAGCAAUCACUUUCCUGGGCAGCCCGACGAGUGAGUCAGUGUUGUUACCCUGUGAAGUGCCUUUGGCCGCGUCGUCUUCGUGCGUGGAUUUGACCGAGUGUGCAAGUGGAUUCGGGGCGGUGUUUUUCGCCACCAGCAAAACCCGCGGCGCCUCCACGCCUUCUGACUUGCCGUCGUCGUCGCCGGGAUAGCCGAGAUCGCGGCGUUGAUAAAAGCUCGCCGGCGUGUCGACGACGUACGCUACGCGACGACCCAACAACGCACCGUCCUCUUCGACGACGACGACGAACGUCGUGUACAACAGCAACAACAAACACGCUUUUACAAACCGUUUUUUCCCCCUCGUCUUGACAGUGUCGCGAGAAGUUGAUAUCUGCGAAUUGUGAGUCGGGGCCUUCGAUUGCCAAUCCAAAUUUGCCUCCGUCUUCGUGAUCCUCCCGUAGAGAAGUGCGGGAGCAAGAAAAGAGUUAACGCUUCUUCUGGGCCUCUCGCUGCGUUCCUUGGGUGUCUUCUUCAUCUCCGACCGGCUUUAUUGUCAUCCGCUCCGACGUCACCGUCGCCCAUGGGAUUCGGGCGGGAGGAUUGUCACCAGCGCAUGCCCGGCCGUCGUUGACUCCGGGGACAGCGCUCGUCCGUCAAUCACAUCUCACUCUCUCCCUGCGAGCGCAGCUUUCCCACAACGCACGGACUCUCGACAACCGUGGCCGACUGAGAGGGGGCUGUGCAUGACUUCACCCUGAGGAGACCAACUACUAUUCACAACGUGCCCCGAAACUAAAGCCAUGGGGAGGAAAAAAAUACAGAUAUCCAGGAUCACGGACGAGAGGAACCGGCAGGUGACGUUUACGAAGCGCAAGUUUGGCCUGAUGAAGAAGGCCUAUGAGCUGAGUGUGCUCUGUGACUGCGAGAUCGCCCUGAUCAUCUUCAACAGCACCAACAAGCUGUUCCAGUAUGCCAGCACCGACAUGGACAAAGUUCUGCUCAAGUACACCGAGUACAAUGAGCCACACGAGAGUCGCACCAACAGCGACAUUGUUGAGAAAUUGCGCCACCAACGCCUGGAUGGCGGCAGUCAGGCACUGAGCAAGAAGGAACACAAGAAUUCCACAAAUGGUUGCGACAGCCCAGAGCCAGAUGCCGACCAGUACUCACUGACAACCCGGCCUGAAGCCAAGUACAGCAAAAUCAAUGAGGAGUUUGAAUUGAUGAUGCAGCGGAGUGCUCAACUGAAUGGGUCCCGAGGCCAGCCUUCCAUGAGCCAAGGCAUGAGCUCCCUCGCUGGCUAUGCGUCCCAGGAGGGUCUUAUGCAGCCUUCUCCCCAGAUGACUCACUCUAGUGUCAGCCCCCGCCCGAGCUCUUCAGGGGGUGCCUUGCUGGACAUGAAUGGUGUGAGCUCCAAUGGCUACCACCGGUCAACGUCCCCGUCAACCAACUUGGCCAGCUGCAGUUCCCCUGCGGGCAAAGGUUCCAAGGGGGCCUCGCCCAGCCGCUCGUCUUCUUCCGCUGCUGGGCUGCGUGUCGUCCUCCCAGGAUCUCCUUCCCCCACAGGACAGCUGCAUGACCCCUCACACCUGUUCCUCCAGCAGUCAAUGGUUCGGACAUCCAAUGCUUCGCUCACAACUCCAGUUGUCUCAGUGACGGGGCCAGGGAUGCCUGGCAUGUCAGCGUAUCCGUCCUCUCUAGCAGCUGGCUUUCCUCCAUGCAUCCUGUUCCCUUCCACAUUUGCAGCGGACUUCCAGCUAAACCCUGAACUUGGCCUUGCGGGUUUCAACUCUCCAGGGCUGAUGCAUAACUGGUCUACUCAAGGUCCCCUGGCCAAUGCUGCUGUGCCUUCUGGGGCCAUGCAGGCUCACUCCAGUGGGAGCCCCAAUGUGCUUGGCAGCCACUUGUCUCUAGGAAAUGCGACACCACCACCUGCAUCAUCUCCCUUGCCCAUCCGGAUCAAAAGCGAACCCAUUUCACCACCGCGUGGCGGUGGAGGCGGAGAAGGUCUGCAUGGGGGAGGCAGCAAUGCUCGACCCCCGUCGGGCCACUUGUCACCGCCUGGGCAGCCUCCACUGACCCCUUCCACAUCUUCCUCGCCGGACCCGACAGGCGACUAUGAUGGUGCCAAGCGCCCACGCCUCUCGGCCGAUGGCUGGCCGACGUAAGCCGACUGGAGCCGAGCCCCCUUCUAGCCCCCCACAGGGGGUUUGUCCUCCUGCUCCUCUCUGAGUCUACUUGCGAGUGUGCCGUGUGUUACUUCCUCCCCUCUCUUGCUGACUGUGCGGCGUGCAAGCAGUGUCAUCCUCCCGCCACACACGGGAGAAAGGCUGUGCGCGCUGCUUCCCUGCAAUGUUUUUUUUUUUUUUUUCUUCGUGCCCAACCCCCUCCAAGGUUUACAGGGAGCAGCAAAGUCGCAGCUCCGUUUGGCGACCAGGAAAAACGCCAUUUGGGCUUUCCUUCUUUGUCGUCCGCAUCAGUGAUGAAGACCGGAAACGUGUACAUAGGAAUGGCGCGGCUGUGCCCGUCGCUCUGGCCUUUUUUCGACUUUUUGUCGAGGCUAGUUACUUGGCGGCUCCGCCUGCCAGAGUAAAAGACGCACCUCUGGAUGUCUUUUUCUCUCUCGCUUUUCAUUAUUGUUUUUUUUUUCCCUGCUGCACCUGUGGCACUCAUUAGGUAGAGUGAAAAAAUAUAUAUAUAUAUGUGGGUAGGUUACUUACUACUACACAAAAAGGCGUCAGCAACAAUCUUAAACACGUGCAAGGCACAGCUACUUGAGCUCCACUCUUGUUCCACUCGUUGACAGGCGCGGCCCUCGCGUUAUGCCGCUGAACAAUGGAGCCAGGGGCGUUUUUUUUCGGGAGGAAGUACAAGCUUGCCCUCAAGGCCUGCACUGCUGAGAGAGAGAGAGAGCAUUGCCAUGGGAUUGAACCAGGGCCGAACAAACGCCCGUUGUGGCCAACUCAGUCGGGUCCAGAGCCAAGGGAAGCGCCAUGUAGGGCACACACACAGUGAGAUAGAGCUAGUGACUAGCACAAACCCCUCCCCAAGGCAGUGAGUGCAGCCAAACAUGGACCGUUUGUAGACACACGUGGUUUUUUGCAUACCAAAGUCAAGUUCGUUGAGAGGGCAAAGUCGCACCCAGUUUGUUGUCGAGCAAUGUUGUUGCCGGUAGGAAGUAGUGCCAGGUUGUUCUCUGGAAAAAAAAAAAAAGCGGCGCACCGUACACGGAAGAAACCGCAUGCACAUCCUGCCUCUUGUUUUAGAUAGAAAGAGCACGCGUUGUCAACAAGACCAUAUUUUUGGUAUCUGCCAGUCAAGCGCAUGGCACGGCUUCCCCCAAUAUCCCCUGUUCUUCACAACAGUCUUGUCCUCGUGGUGAAAAAGUUUGGUGAAACACCCAACAGGCAUGAAGUAAACAUGAAACCACACACCCGCCCACCCAUCCCUUUUCCUUCCACUACUUGUGUGUGUGUGUGUUCCAAAAAAGUGCAUGUGUUCUAGUGACUGUAGUGCUGUGUGCCUUUGGACAGGGGAAACAGAAAAAAAAAAACAAAAAAACUUUUGACGGUGAAGCCACUAAGAGGGGUGAACACUACCUAUCUACCAACCUUGUUUCUGUUGAGGUCUCAGUGUUUACACGCUGAAUAUAAAUAUUAUAUAUAUAAAUAUAUAUUAUACACACCACGCGUGCACGCGCGUAUAAAGUAUAUUUCAUACGUGAUGCACCAGCUCAUGUCAGUUUUGUUUUUCUUUCUUCUUCUCCAGCAGCUGUCAUGUGAGUCUUUCGCUCCUGCUUUUUGCCCUCAUUAAUGUUGCACUAAAAAGCGUACUGCCGCAUCACUCUUGGAAGAAAAAACAAAGCGUGAAAGGAAUGAGAAAAUUGAGUCUGUGUGAGGUGAAGUCUUCGCUGCUGUUCUCAUCCUACGUCCUUUCGUUGACAUGCUUGUUUCACUUUCUGCAUUGUGAGCCGUCAUUAUUAGAAUUAUGUACGAUAUUUUGCCAUUUAUUUUCUGUUGUAGCGGCUACUUAGAGUCAUAAGUUGCCAUGCGUCAAAGAAAGCGUAAGAGAGAAAUAAAUUUUUAUCGCCCUUGCUGCAAUUGUAGAAGCUAGCACACACAUACACACACACUCUCGCAAUGCUGUACCGUUCCCAGCACUGGUCCUUCACAUGCCCUCAUUACACGCACACACCUCGUUAGGAGAGUUAGCAUCAGUUUUUUGGAACACAAAGGGAAAAGGAGCCAGAAGAAAAUACAAAAACAAAAAAAAGAUCAUGAUGGUCUGCCAUCAAUGACAGACUAAGCAUUUUACCCCUGCUCCAAAGUUUGGGGACCCAUUGGCAUGACUUUCACGCACAUAUGCGAUUAUGUCUAUACACGCAGAAAACCUUGGUUUGUUUACUUUUUUUUUUCUGCACUGUACACGGACGAUGCCUUACCAGAAACUGUACAAGGAUGGGCGAGUGUAGGAAGCCACAAAUGCUUGUUGUAGACGUUGUUGCGACAAAACCGAGUUUAAAAAAGAAACACUUGGUAAUUGUGACAUGUUAGUUGUAGGUUAGUUUCUCUUGCCUCUCCCUUGACUGUUGCUGCCAUCUGCUGCUAGUUAAGUUAUUUCGAGGGCCUUGUGAAAAAAAUAAAAAAAUAGGGAUGUUUUGGAAGAAAAACUCUCCCAAAUGUGAAUGGAAAGAGGAAGGACCUGCUUGUGUUCUUUGAUUCCUUGUUGCUUUGAGACUUGACGGGAUGAGGGGCAUGUUUCAGCAGCUCAUACCGUUCACCUUUUACGAUGAAGGCCUGUUUAACUUAUUUGUCCUUGGAAGCUGUACUUUUAGAAGUGCACAGGGUGUGUCGGGAAAAGGCUGGCAUGAUGACCCCAUAACGUUACAUCUCACCAUGGGGCUGUCUUGUAAAAAUUGUUUUUUUGUUUUUUUUUUUAUCACCCACACCCCUUUCUCCGUGUGCUUAUGUGUGCGUAUAAUACGUGUGCACCUGGUAAAUUGUCCCACGGCCUACUCUCUUGUCUUGCUGGCGUAAAAACAAGUACAGAAUCGUGGACACUGAAACUACUAGGUGUGCAUUCUUUUUGCUCUCUCUCUAUUUUUUUUUGCAUUUGUAUUUAGCAAAUGAGUUUAAUAUAUUAUUGCAGUGUUCUUAUACAUUUUCCAGUGCAUCUUUUGCCCCCCCCCCCCCCUUUUUGUUGUGAUGAUGACGACAAUGAUAAUUACUCGUUUUUGUCAUAAAGCAAAGCAGUGUUCAUUUCUUGUCAUUUUUCUGUGUACUGCUGUGGUGUUUUUCUUUUCUCCUUCUCUUGCUUGUGUAAAGGACGCAUCUUAUCCUCGCGUUUUCACAGAUAAUAUAUUACAUGUGUGUGUACAGUAAAUGACGGGAAAAAAAAAAGAGUAUAUGAAUGUUGCGCAUAGUAUAUAUUCAUACAUUUAAGCUGCUGGGUGUGUGCGCCCGCAGAUUGCUCUGUCGUUGAUGGGGGGAGAAGCAGCGAGAGAGUACACAUGUGCCAUGGGAGACGGAGGCGUUGACAGUACACCCCCCCACCCCCUCCUCCUCCUCUCUCUCUUUAUUAUUAUUUUAUUUCUUCAGUAUUUCAGGCGCCAUUCUCUCCUUUGUCUUUCCCUCGUGUUGUCAUGCUGCUGUGUGCCAAGCUCUUUUUUUGUAGUUUUCGUUAAGCUCAGUCCCAAGCUCCACCCCCAAUCACAUUUUUUUAAUGUUCUCGCUGUCUCGUCUGCUUGCAUUUUUUUUUUCUCUUUCUUUCUUUCUCCACUUUUUAUUUUUCGCUUACCAAGGAGACCCUCUCUCUGUGAAAGUCGCAAAGAAUGAUGCUGGUCGUCGUGUUCCUUGUGUCAUCUACAUAUACUGACCAGCCUCACCGAUGAUAGUCAGGUUAUAGAUCAAAAGAUAAGUAGGAGUGAAGUUCAAAGAAGCAUGCCCCCUGAUCGACCAAGGAGUGAAGCUAAUCAAAAUUCUGCGAAAGUGCAAUACAGUUUUACCUUUUAUUUUUCGCAUCUUUCUUUGUUUCUCUUGGGCUUUCUGCCCUUUUUCUUUAAAUUCCCCCCUCUUCAGCGCCUUUUUUUUUUUUUUCUUGAUGUCACUGUCUGUGCAAUGAAUUAUUUGUUUGCUGCUUGCCAACAUAAUGCCACUACUUACGGGUCUUACUGGCUCGCAGAGUCACACAUUGCAGAAUCGCUCGUGAACCUGAUUGUGAAGGUCCUGCUCAAGUUUCUCUAAUUUCCAAUACAUGUGGGAUGUCAUUAACAAAACAGACAAACUGUUUUUUUUUUUUUUUUUUUGUUUUUUUUACAGUUGUGAUGCUUGCUCUCGUAUCUUUACGAGAAAUUCUUUAAGCACGCGUAGUCAGUAAGUGACAGACGCUUUUAUUCGCAUUACAUUAAACGGUAUGGAGCGUCCUGUUGGCUUUGUGCCUGUUGUGCACUUUGUGCUUGCUCGCCUGUAUUGCCGGAAGUGACAGGCUGGCCUAGCAUAUCACAUGCACGAAUCAGGUUUGGCUUGCUUUGGAAAAUGUUGCUGGGAGGUUGAACUGAAGUGUUAUCACAUCUAGGCCUUCCAUUUGGCAUAGCAAUGCAGUAGUCCAACGGAAAAUGUGAAGAGCUUUUAACAGAGCUUUUGAUAGUCACUCCUAAAUGCACAUUUAUUAUAUAGAUCUAUCACUUAAAAAACCAUAAAGCUAGAUUAUUUAAAAGAAUGUUAAGUAGGUAAUAUAUUUUCUUUGUUGGCACUAGCCUGUGCUGAACAGAAUAUGCAACCUGUGUUGCAUAGAGUCACUAUUGUUACUUUAUUUCUUCUUUUUAUCAAAAUUGUGGGCCCUAAUACAGCUGUCUUUCGGCAGAGUUUUUGCAUCCAUAAAUAAAAGGGCUAAACUCACUUAGAGGCUGGAAACUUGUUGGAAAAAAUCCAUAUUGAGAACUUAUUUAUUAGAAAGCUGUGCAUAGCAUAUUAUCUUUAGAGUUGUUCUUAAGGGGAUCGCCUGGCGAUAUAAAUGCAGAAAAAUAGUGGACCACAUGUGAAAGGUCACUUAAGGUUUGAGCAAAAAAGCUUGGCAUGAAUGUGCAUUUAAAUCUGCCGAUGCACGCCCAAAUGUAGUGUUGCCUGUUAUAAAAAUUCCCACGCCAAGGAGCGGUGUACGACAUCGUAGUAACCUUCAAAUUUCUAUGUUUCCCACUUCGCUUCAGGUUUUUCCUGUUGCAUCUUUGCAUGUGUUCAAUAAAUAGUUAUUUUGGACUCAUUGUGUAGCAUUUGGCUUUCCCCGGCAGUUGUCAGCAAGCACAGAAGGUGUAAUGAAACGUCUCCGGUGUCAUAUUGUGUCAGGCCGGUGUUAUGCUGUCAAGUUUUGUAUCCACGAGCAAAAAAAAAAAAGGCUUUUGAUGAAAGUUACAAUUGCUUUUACAUGCCUGAAAAAUUGUCUGCCUGUCAUAUUAGACAUAAGGGAACAUGGUCCACUUUAAAUCUCGGAAUGUUGAUGGUACUGCUAGUGGAACCCCUUAAGGUAUCUUUUUAAUUUGCAGCUAACCUGCCUAGCCUUUAAGUCAAACACCUGGUCAAGAUAGGGGUACAACCAAAGUUUCAGAGUGACAUGUAGUGACAGUGUAAUGCACGAAAGUUUAAAAUAUUGGAGCUUAAAGAGAAGCUCUAAUCAGUUGUUGAAAAGUUGGAUGGCAUUUUCCUCGUCACCUCACCCUGACGUCUUGAACAUAUCUUGGUGUCUCGAGUCUGCAGGCUAUUUCCAACAUAAUUGAAGGCAUUGUUACUGCUUAUCAAAGCCUCUAUUGAAAUGUAACUGCAGCCUCUUGGAGUCAAGAAAUUGCAAGUUUUUUUUUUCUGUUCUGGUUACAGAGGUUGCAGACUGUUCAUACCAGAAAUGUGAACACAGUUGCUACGACAAUUUUUCAGUCACUUGUUGAUGUUGGAGUGUAUUAUAUGCAUCAUUAUUUUGAAUUAUGUGGCCACUGCAGAGAUUGUUAGCAAGUACUAUGUGAGCGGGUGUACAAUACAUGAGUGGAAUGAAGCUUACUUAUUUCGCAGACUGUAUACCAGCUGCGUAUAAAAUGGCGCAAGUGUUUUUGCUAAUAGAUUUUAUGUGAAGGGGGAGAGUGAAACUCAUGCCAGCCUCUUCCCUUAAAUAUGUUUGUUUCUUUUUUUCUCUCUCAAAUACCAGUAUUUCUUUUGUGUAUGCAUGUGUCUCGCCCCUUUUUUUUCUCCCCAUCUUUGUAUGUUGUUGUUUUAUUUUUAUUAUUUUUUUUUUCCGAAGGCCUGAACGCACACUGUGUCGGUUGUUAAUGGAGAGAACUUAAAAGACGCUAACAGUGUGUGUUUUUGCCUGGUGGUCAGUCGACAUCAUCAAAAGGAAGACACACUUCACGCGAUGCAGGUUGUUGUGUACUAUUUUUAUCUGCCUCUGAAAAAAAGAAGAAGAUUGAAAGGAAUAAAUGCGGUUCAUUAAUGGCCUGA